GGCGCCAUCCGGUUCUGUUCUUUUUUCUGACGGUCUGUCAGCGCUUAUGCCCAGCUGCUGAAGUGAAAGCACCGUUAUACUGUCAAAAUGUCAUUUUUAGUAGCUAAUCGAGAAAGUGAGCUUGUGCUUACCACGCCGAAGCGCAAUGAACUGCUUAAGGAUGGUCCCCCCGUCCGCAGAUUCCCCGGUCAGAUUCUGGGCCGCGGUGCAUAUGGCACUGUUUUCAAGGCAAUUUAUCGCGAUCACUCCGUGGCGGUGAAGAUCAUCAAGGGACAGGCUGUCUCUACGCUGCACAAUGAGUCUCAUUUGCUGAAUUUGGAUCACAAGAACAUUGUGCGUCUAAUAAAAACCGAGUCCGCCGUUGCCUUUGGAAUGGUCAUUAUGGAGUGUCCAAAUGGGAAAUGCCUACAGCAGAUACUGGACACGCUGGCGUUGCCGCUCAUCCACAGAGUACUAAUCACGUUGGACAUUGUGGCUGCUCUGCGCUACUGCCAUUGGCACGGCGUGCUGCACCUGGACGUCAAGCCUGCCAAUAUUUUGGUAGCUCUGGGACCACGACCCUACAGCAUGAGGCCGCAAUCCAACUACCAACGCAGCUACAUUUGCAAGCUGUGCGACUUUGGCUCAUCCAUUAAAAUUGGCGAAUUUUGUGCCCGCCAGAGCCAGAAAAAUGCCAGGGGUACCUUGAGGUACAUGUCUCCGGAAGCCCUACGUUCGGAUCCACUAUCAGACGCCUCGGACAUCUACUCCCUGGCCAUCAGCAUGUGGCAAAUGCAGUCGCGUCGAUUGCCCUAUCACACGCUUAGCUGCAACGAGUCCAUCGCUUACCAAGUAGUCAAGCAUGAGCUGCGCCCGGAUAACUAUGAAAAGUUAAAAGCCCUCUCCAUCGACUACCCCCGGAGAGCACCUCUCGUCGGGUGUAACGUGAAUGCGUACGUGAAUGAAAGCAGUUCUCAGGCGAUGUCGGGCGGCGACCUUUGUAGAAGGGCGAAUAUGUUUGCGUGCCGCAAUCUAAAUUUCGAAACAUCGUGCAACAGUAGCCGUGAGCUAAAGAAGAAGCGCAGACAGAACAGAUUAGCGCUGUAUUUUGAUAGUCCGGCGCCACCAGCAAGCACCAGCACGUGCCUGGAAAGCUCUUACUCGGAUCUGUACAGAAGCUGCUGGGUCAGCAUUCCAGAAUUCCGUACGAGCUCUAUUCUUCUGAGGAAUAAACUGGAGCUUAUCUUGAGCAGAAGCUCUACCGCCGGCCAGCUUUUAGGCUUAAGUCGUGUUUAAUAUCGUGUUCGUUUCUAAUUUGUUUGAAUUUUAUGCUUCUGAUUAAUUGUACUAUGUUUUGUAAGCUUUUACCAUACCAAUCAUUCGAUUGAUCACUAGGUUAAGGGCAACACAGGUGUUUAUCAAUAAUUUAUAUUUUGUAACUUCUUUUUUGUUUAUUUUUGUACUUGCUACGCUAAGAAAAUACAUUUAUAAUGUUUAUACGA